UUGCUUCCAGCCCUCAUCCCGGAGCGCGCGGCGAGACGGCCAACUGCGGGCUUGGCGUCGCGGGAGGGGCCGCAGGGAGCGGCAGAAGGAGGCAGGCUAGCAGGGCGGGGAGCCUGUCUGACCACGGCGUUAGGCCUGUCUGACCACGGCGGGGUCGGGGAAGUGCGGGCGGCGCCGUCUCUUCCCGGUCUCGGCGAGGCCAGAGCAUUCGCAGGAGGCGGCACGCUCUCCCGGCCAUGUCAGAGCCUCUGCCCGCGUUCCUGGAUCGGCUGCGGGGGCCCUGGCUGGGUACUCGGACCCCGCCUCUGCGGGGGCUCGCCACUGCCUCCCCCUCCAAGAGUUUUCUUGGUGGUUUUUUUGGUCCCAUUUGUGAGAUCGAUGUUGUCCUUAAUGAUGGAGAAACGAGGAAAAUGGCGGAAAUGAAAACUGAAGAUGGCAAAGUAGAAAAACACUAUCUUUUCUAUGAUGGGGAAUCUGUUUCAGGAAAGGUAAACCUAGCCUUUAAGCAACCUGGAAAGAGGCUAGAGCACCAAGGAAUUAGAAUUGAAUUUGUAGGUCAAAUUGAACUUUUCAAUGACAAGAGUAAUACUCACGAAUUUGUAAACCUAGUGAAAGAACUAGCCUUACCUGGAGAACUGACCCAGAGCAGAAGUUAUGAUUUUGAAUUUAUGCAAGUUGAAAAGCCAUAUGAAUCUUACAUCGGUGCCAAUGUCCGCUUGAGGUAUUUUCUUAAAGUGACAAUAGUAAGAAGACUGACAGACUUGGUAAAAGAAUAUGAUCUUAUUGUUCACCAGCUUGCCACCUAUCCUGAUGUUAACAACUCUAUUAAGAUGGAAGUGGGCAUUGAGGAUUGUCUACAUAUAGAAUUUGAAUAUAAUAAGUCAAAGUAUCAUUUAAAGGAUGUGAUUGUUGGAAAAAUUUACUUCUUAUUAGUAAGAAUAAAGAUCCAACAUAUGGAGUUACAACUGAUCAAAAAAGAGAUCACAGGAAUUGGACCCAGUACCACAACGGAAACAGAAACAAUCGCUAAAUAUGAAAUAAUGGAUGGUGCACCAGUAAAAGGUGAAUCAAUUCCAAUAAGACUAUUUUUAGCGGGAUAUGACCCCACUCCAACAAUGAGAGAUGUGAACAAAAAAUUUUCAGUAAGGUACUUUUUGAAUCUAGUCCUUGUUGAUGAGGAAGACAGAAGGUACUUCAAGCAGCAGGAAAUCAUUUUAUGGAGGAAAGCUCCUGAAAAACUGAGGAAACAGAGAACAAACUUUCACCAGCGAUUUGAAUCACCAGAAUCACAGGCAUCUGCUGAACAGCCUGAAAUGUGAAGUGAAUGGGAAAAAAAAAAAAAGAAAAACAAAGCCCUCCUAUAUCCACUGAGAUUAAGUUUGGCAGGAUAAAGAUGGUUGCAGUAUGUAUGGGGGGGAGGAAAGGCCAAAAGUCCAUUUAUAAUAGUCUUCCUUUAUCUUACAGUGCUGCAUUUAUUUUAUGAUAUAACUAAAUGUUCUUCGUGUAUAUACAUUAAAAAAUGUGCUUUCUUUGAAACACUGGGACUUUCUUAAGUUGCCUUUUUUUUUUAACUGCACACUUUGAUGAUAAGCACUCAUAUGCGUCAGUAUAAACAUUAAAGAUUUUCGUGAGUAGGCUGGUAUUUGUAAUUUUGCUUUCUUUCUGCAUAAGUUGAUUAUAAAUCCUUUUCUCCUUUUUCAUGCUAAUGAUUACCUCUUAUUCUCUACUUGCAAAAAAUGAAAUAUUUUGUGUUCAAAUAAAAGUAGAAAACCUGAAUGGCCCUUACAUACUGCAGAGAUUUAAAACAUGGCAUCUCAAUAUUUUUUCGUGCUACAUUUAUGGUUUUACAUAUGUAUGUGAGAAAUGUAUAUGGAAUGUUUCACUGUAGGUGCAUCUGAGUCUACCAUUCCAUGGGUUCCUGAAUUUUAUUCUCUUUGACGUCUUCUGUGGUAAGAAUAUUACAUGUUUUCCACAGGAGAUUAUGUGGCAUGUCAUUGUAGCUUUCCCCCCCCAAUGUUAAGUAACCAUUUUGCUACUACCCAUCAGGUUCUACUGUGUGUUUCCUGCAAUGUGGAGUUGACUCUGUAUUGUUGGCAUUUUAGAAUUUUUAAAAACUAUAUAAUUUUUCCAUUAACACUUUGAAAUUUUUUUAAGGAAUCUUUUUACCACAUACAUACAAAUACAAUUUUCUUGACUUCAUAAAUAUUUUCUUCCCUUUUCAGGGGAGAAUUUGAGGAUGGGUGGAUUCAGUUAGACCUGUUAAGCAUGUAGUUAUCCAGAUCUGGACACUUUUUAUGUUUGUUAAAUUGGAACUUUGGCUAGUUCAAACUCAGUUUUAAACGUCACCCGUUCUGCUUAAAAAUUUGUAACACUAAAUUCAAGUCAUUUGUUCAAAGUCUGUAAAAAAGAAGGCUGCAGUCAUCUGUUCAUAUGCAUGAGGUCUGAUCUCAAAUACACUAAAUGUGGGGUGUAGGAACUAAAACGACGAAGCCUGUUGUGUGAAACUACUUUCACUUAUGGUUCAUUGGUUUUUGUACCAGUAUUUUUUAUACACUUCAGUGCAAGUCUCGUCAGUUAACCUUACUUUAUGAGUAAGCUAAGUAACCCAAAUUACAUUUCUUUAAACUUGUUUUACUACUGUGGCACUUUGAUAAAAUGGUCAGUAACCAACUUUACUGGCUAAAGGUUCCAUGUACCAUGUGCUGGAGCAUCUAUUUUACAUGUGGAUAUCUGUAAAUGGUAAUGUUUUCCUUCAUGUAAGUGCCUGUUCAGAAUUUCAGAAUUUUAAAAUGUCAAAUAUUUUCAUGGUCACUUGCAUGUAGUAAUCUAGAAAAUAUUCAAAGAAAAUUUGAAAACCAAUUGUAUUUAACCAGCCUCAAAUUGUGCAACCAUGAUGUAUAAUAAAGAAUUUGAAACAGA